AUGCCGUAUCCAGACACCACGCUCCCUCAGCGGCCCCGCGUUGCUCCAUCGCAGCAGGGGCAGGAGCAGAACCAGCAGCAGCAGCAGCAGCAGUACAUGAUUCAACCGCCCCAACAACUCCGACAGCUUCACCAACCACAGCAGCCCCAACAACCCGGGCAGCUCCAGCAGCUCCAGCAGCUCCAGCAGUUCCAGCAGGCACAGGCCGGCAUAGGGCCGCCUACUGAGAAGUCCAGUACCUUGGCGGCGUCCAUCACCACCACCAUGGCCAAGGAGGCACCCCGAAGCCCCAACCUCGAUCAGAUGGACUACGACCGUUGCCCCAAUACCGGGACAUGGCUCCUCGAAAACCAAGCCUUUGAAGAUUUUGUCGAGUCUUCUGUGUCCGCCUGCUUCCACCUCUCCGGCAACCCGGGCUCGGGCUGUCUUAUCCACCUGACGGCGCAGUUGCUGGAGCAAAUCUCCGCCAUCGACCCCGUCUUUGUGCGCAAGAGCGCCGAGGCGUUUGGCAUCGUGCGCAAGAAGACCAACCAGAUCCCCGAGGGCCAGCUGUUCCGCGUGCUGCACAAGUGCCUCCAGCGCAUGCAGGAGUGCGUCAUCGUCGUGGACGCCGUGGACGAGUGCGAUGACUGGAACAACCUGAUGCAGAUCGCCAUGGGUAUCCCCUACGUCAUCUCCCGCCUUCCCGUGGAGAGCAAGUUCCGGCUCGACGUGACGGCUGAUCAGAUGGAGUCCGACAUUUCGCGCUACGUCGAGUCGCGCACCCGGACGCUGGAUCUCCGUAGUUUGGGGUCUCCCGAGCAAGCGAUGGAUGCCCUGAUCCGGGGCUGCGACGGCCUGUUCCUGCUUUCGCUCGCCCAGCUGCUCUUCCUCUGGGUCGUGCACGCGCAGCGCGUCCUCACCGUCGCGGAGCUGGCCGAAGCCUACCGCGCCGAGAUCCUCGCCAACGACCCGACCCAGACGCCCACGCUCUCCGAGUCCGAGAUCGAAGGCCUAAGCGGCGGGCUCAUCGAGAUCAACGACGGGCGUGUGCGCCUCGCCCACACCACCGUGCGUCAUUUCGUCACCGUCUACGACUGGGGCGCCCAGGCGAGGGCCAACGCCGCGGACGCCCGGGCCAUGAACGAGCGCCUCCUGCUGCGCUGCCUCGGCUACAUCAUGACCCCGGCCCUGGUCUCCUGCAUCUUGUCGUCGUUUGAGCUGACGGCGCAGACGCAGUGCGACUGGCCGCUGGCGGACUACGCGCAGCGCACCUGGUUCGACCACCUGCAGCUCUGCUCCGGCAGUAACCCCGACCUGGUGCGGCUGGUGGGCGAGUUUAUCCAGUCGGACGCGUGCCUGGCGUGGUGGAUGUGCUACACGACGCACCUGGAGAUGCACAACUGGUGGAGCAUACCCGAAAUCACGGCGGACCUGGCCAUCUGGCUGCGCAACAACUGCAAGAGCUACAUCCCCGAGGAAGACGCCGCCGACGUGGUCUCGGGCUUGUGCCAGCGGCAUUUCGAGAUGAUGAAGGCCGCCAAGGAGACGCCGAGGGUCGACCUCUACGUCCCCACCCUCCUCCGGCUCGCCAACCAGAAAUUCGAGUACGGGUUCCCCGAGAUUGCGGAGACGUGUCUGCAGGAAGCCAUGGAGAUCUCGCGCGGGCACAACAUAGCCAACGCGACCCUGAUCAGGAUCCAGGUCCUCCAGGACCGCGCUGAGCUGAUGCGCAUCCUGGCCCGGCACGACGAGGCCCUCGCCAUCUCGGACGAGCUCGACGCGGAGCUCGCGCGCGCGACCGAGAGCGACUUGGACCGUCAGGUCAUCUCGGUGGCCAUGAGCAGGGCCAUCACCGAGCUCGAGUCGCGCAAUUUGGAAGCGGCGGAGCGCAUCUUCCGCGGCCUCGUCGACACGGCGAGGUCGACCCUGGACCGUAACGACCCGGAUACGCUCUCGGUAAUCCACUGGCUCGCCAUGACGUGUUUCGAGCUGGGCCACUACGUGGAAGCGGGCGAACUGUGGGACAUCCAACUAUUCAGGGCCGUUUUGGGGAGGACGCACCCUAGCACGCUCUCGGUGAUGGACUGCCUGUCGAGCCUCCUCUCGGCCCGGGGCAAGUGCUUCGAGGCCACGGCCUUGCGUCGCGAGGUGGAUACGCUGCGGCGGGAGCGGCUGAGCAACAAGACGGUGGCCGUGUUCAAGGGCGAGCUGGGACUGGCGUACGGCUACCACAACGAAAAGAACCCGGACGCCGCCCUCAGCAUCGCGAAGAGGCUGCUUGACAGAGCCCGGGGAUCUGGUCCGAGGAUCACUACCUGGUCCUGGAAAUUAAAGCGGCCCUGCCCGAACCACUCGUGGACGCUGCAGGACAAGAUGCGCCUCGCCCUGAUCCAGCUAGGGCUCAGCCAGUACGACAAGGCCGCGGACCUGCUGAGCGACAUUGUCGAGAUACGGCGGAAGGACCACGCUUCCGACCACGUGAGCAUGCACCAAGUGCUGGACCAGCUCGCGAGAGCCUACCGCGGCGUGGCUUGCCAAAAGGGCGCGGACGAAGAGAGCGUGCUGGUGCUCAACAUCUUGGCCGGCAUCUGCCUCACGCGGGAAUCCAUGGGCGACCGAAACGAGGCGGAGCGGGUGCAGCGCGAGCUGCUGGAAAGCUGGAAGCGGAUCGGCGGCGAGGAAAACCCGUCCACGCUCGUCACGGCGGCGAACCUGAGCAUCACCCUCCGCAAUAACGGCAAGGCGGAGGAGGCGGCGGAGCUGGGCAACUGGGAGGCCGAGGCGAUGGAGCAAACAGUGUACGAGAAGCGGGCGGCCAAGGGGGCGCACCGCGAGGAGACGUACUCGGCCAUGACGAACUUGGCGGUGACGAAGCGGCACCUCAAGAAAUGGGACGAGGCGGAGAGGAUGGAGCGGGAGGUGGUGGAGGGGCGCAAGAAGAUCCACGGCACCGAGGACCAUCCCGAGGUGGCCACGGCACUGGGGAACCUCGCGCUCACUCUUUCGGAGCUCGGGAGGUACGAGGAGGCCGAGGUGCUGGAGGAAAAAGUCAUCGAGAUUCGCAUGAAGAGCAGCCCAACGGACCAGGACUCGGACAUUGCGGUCGGCAACAUCAUCAUCACCAAGCAGAAGCUCAACAAGACGGAGGAAACGGAAACGCUACAGCAACAGCUCGUGGAUAUCCGCAAGGCGAUGCUGGCGUCCGACGACCCGAAGCUCACGGCGGCGAUGGCGAGCCUGGCGACGACGAAGCGGAAACUGCGCAAGUUCGAGGAAGCAGAGGCCCUCGAGCUGGUCGUGCUCGAGGUCCGGAAGCGGACGCUGGGCCCUGAGGACACGACCCUCCUCGACGCCAUGGGCAACCUCGCGGUGACACAGGUGCAGCUCGGCAAGUACGAUGAGGCGGCCGCGCUCGAGGAGUUUAUCCUUGAAACGCGGGAAAAAGCCGAGCCCGACAGCAACGCCACGCUCAUCGCGCGGAGCAACCUCGCCUUCACCCGGGUACGGCUCGGGCGUCUCGAGGAAGCGCUGGAGAUGCAGGAGCAAGUGCUCGCGGCGCGGCAGCGGCAGGCGCGGGAAGCGGGCGACGAGGAGUUCACGACCGAGGUGAUCACGGCCAUGGGGAACCUGGUCAGCGUGAAGCUCGACGCGGCGCAGUACGCCGAGGGGAUCGCGAUGCAGGAAAAAGUCGUGGCGCUACACGAGGAGCGUAAAGGCCGCAGCGACGAGGCGACGGUGUCGGCGCUGGCGGUGCUGGCCAUGGCGUACCUAUGGGUGGACCGCAACGCCGAAGCCGAGGCGCUGUGCCUCGAGGUGCUGGCGACGCGCACGGAGAAGCUGGGCCCGGAGCACAAGGACACGGUGGACGCGCAGGUGAUGCUGGGCGACUGCUACGACAUGAUUGGCGAGGCGGACAAGUCGCUGGAGUGGUUCCGGAAAGCGCUGGACGCGCGCGAGAGGAUGUACGGCCGGCACCACGUGUACACGCUCGCGGCGCUCGAGGCCUGGCGGAAAGACAACCUCGGCGAGCGGCACCCGGACACGAUGCGCGCGUACCACAAGCAGGCCAUGAUCCUCAUGACCAUCGGGCGCUUCCCCGAGGCGCGUGAGCUCCUCGCCAUCGCGCUCGAGUACCGCAUUGCCACGUUUGGUCUCCGCAACCUGGAUACCCUCGAUUCCAAGGAGAUGCUGGCGCUGGGGUACUGCCUCGACGGGCAGAUGGGGCCCGGGCAGGAGUUGAUGACCGAGGUGGCGGAUGGGAUGGCGGAGUUGUUGGGGCCGGACCAUUCCCGCACCAAGGCGGCAUUAAAGGCAGCCUUGUUGUAG